CAGACAUUUAUUUAGAACAUAAAAUUUUGCUUCAAGAAAUAAACUAAGUUUGAAAUUAAUAAUUUGAGAUAUUAAGUUUUCUUGGGAUAUCCGAAAUUAUGAUUGGCAUAUCUAAUGGCAACAUUCUAUAAUUUUUGUUUGACGUUUCUUGUGUUGCUGCUUUUUAGUUUUUCUUUGACGGAGUUUCGGCAAUGGGAGCGGGCGUCCAUUUUGCAUCGCCAUAUUGAAAUUGGUCGGACAUCUUUGGACGCCAUGUUUAGUCGGACAUAUUUUAUAAACAUUUUCGCGUAAAUUUCAAAUAUUUUUGAACACUAAAUAAAAAACUUUUUUUCACUGAAGUGAGUGCCAUAGAUUGCGGUAAAAAUUACAAGGAAAAAAAUCGUGCCUACGCAACAUUCCAUAUAUGUCUCCAGGGGACUGUGCAGCUUUUGUUAUAAUCUAAAUAAAGAUAGGUCCAGGGAUUGAGCGAGGUCAAGAUGAUGAAUCAGGAGAUAAUGUGCGAGGUGGAGAUAGGCUCACAUGGCAGUAUGGUGGAAAUAGAUGGAGAUGACCAGGUCGGAGUCAAGUAUGAAGAAAUAGAGACAGUGCAGUAUGAAGAGUACAUAACUGACGAUCAGUAUGAGGAAGUUGAGGAACAAGUCAUUGGUAUGCAGCAUUUGGAGGAAGACUUUAAAAUUGCAGUGGGCAGUGAGGAGGUCAUCCUGCCCGGCAUGCCCGGGGACGAGACCAUCAUGCACCAGGAGAACCCCUACGAUCCUGUUUACCACACUCCACCUUCCACAAGCAGAAGAGGUCGCGGCAGACCCCGCAUGGCGGUCGGUCACACAAACAACAUCCAACACCUUAUGCCUAUAGGCGAAGUCCCCAUGGGUCUGAUGGAAGGCAAUACGGGCCGCGCGGCGCGCCGCUGGGAGCAGAAGCAGGUCCAGAUCAAGACGAUGGAGGGAGAGUUCUCUGUCACCAUGUGGGCCUCGGGGGAAGAUGAUGAUGACAGGUCAAAUCCAGAACCAGAUCCCGACUAUACAGAGUAUAUGACGGGAAAGAAAAGUGUAAUGGGAAAUGAAUCUAUGCCAGUCAAUUGUGUUCCAGGCUUAGACUUGUCCGACCCAAAGCAGUUAGCAGAAUUCGCACGACCCGGCCACAAGAUUAGACUAAAGAAACCAUCCCCAGAAUCCUCUGAUAGAACAAUAGCAUGUCCCCACAAAGGCUGUACGAAAAUGUUUCGAGAUAACUCUGCGAUGAGGAAACACCUACACACGCACGGCCCAAGAGUGCAUGUGUGUGCAGAAUGUGGAAAAGCAUUUGUAGAAAGUUCAAAGUUAAAACGACACCAGCUAGUUCACACAGGAGAGAAACCAUUCCAGUGUACGUUUGAGGGUUGCGGCAAGAGGUUUUCAUUGGACUUUAAUCUCAGAACACACGUCAGGAUACACACGGGCGACCGGCCGUAUGUGUGUCCGUUUGACGGCUGCAACAAGAAGUUCGCGCAGAGCACUAACCUCAAGUCGCACAUACUCACGCACGCUAAGGCUAAAUCAAGAAACUCCCUAUCGCGCAAUGUUGGUGCUAAUUACGAGUCUGCGAGAACUACCCCACAGUAUGUACAACUGGAAGUGUCUCCGGACGACUCCAAUCCACAACUAAUUUUCUACACCCACGAGUGAAACAUGCUUGCGUGCAUGCGCAUAUGUGAACAAGAACAGACUUUGUGUUAAGUGAACAAAAGUGAAAGUGACACAGUGAAGUGAAGUGAAUGAGUCUGAAAGUGACAAUGCAGUGACACUUUUAUAACUGGCAUAAGCUGUAUGUAUGUAUAAGUAUCAGGGACAAUUUCUCAUGUCUCUGACACUUAUUCAUAGCUUGUCAUUUCUCACAUAUCCCAAUUCCCAUGAAAAACUCUAAAGCAUUAUAGAUAACUUUAUAGAUUAUUAAUAUUUAAUGAACACAAACAAUGAAUAAAUGAAUGAAUUUUUUUUUUUAAACAAUGUAUGAUCAGUACAAAUAUCUCCCAAAACUCUUCUCAAUUUAACUUUAUGAUUUAUGUAUCAUCAGAUAGUGACAUGUGUUAAAUAAAAUUGUAAUGUGUAUAUUUAUACACAUUACAAUUUUAUUUAGUGUAAACAUGAGGCAUCAAAUUAAAUUAACACGUUCGCUGCAUAUUUUUCUGUACUUUCCUCUGGUGCAAAAUGAGGUUUUUUGACCUCAUACUAGAACUUUAUGUGGUCCGGUACGAGGUUCUUCGACCUAACUUUUGAAUACGCUAGACGUACGAGGUCAAUUGACCUAGUACUGCAGCAAAUGUGUUAAAUGGACCUUUAUGGACUAAUCUAUUCAGAAUUUGGUUUUGUGUGCAGUGAUCAUAACAGUCCAAGUUUGUAUGAGUAAUAUUUUCUUCAGUUUUAUGAUCGGUGUCCACUUAUCUGCAUCAUUUGCACCGGCCGCAUGGCAUCAAACAUGUGUUAUGUACGAUGUGGAUCAGUGGAUGAACUUGUGUGACUUUGUAUACAAAAAAUACUAAAAUAUGUUUGAUACGAUGCACACAAUGCGGAUCUGUGGACGCCUACCAUAACACAACAGCCUUCUAGUUAUCAAAGCGUUAGCGAUCAUAAAAAAAGAAUCGACGUGCCACUUGGCUAUGGAGUCUGCACACUCAGUGUCAGCUAUCUGUCUGUAUCUACUGUCAAAUGCUUGUCUGUACAUCCAUAAUUUGUCUACUUCGAAAGAAGACAAAUGCCUUCAAA